AUGAACCAGAAGGUUGUACUGAUCACAGGCUGCUCCUCUGGGAUUGGCCUUGCCUUGGCUGCCCGCAUUGCAAAAGAUGAGAAGAAGAGGUUCAUGGUCUACGCCACCAUGAGGAACCUGAGUAAGGGUGAGGCGCUGGUUGAGGCAGCAGGUCGGACUCUGGGCAGGACCUUGGAGAUCAAACAGCUGGACGUAUGUAACGAGGACUCCAUCAAAGCCUGUGUAGACAGCCUACCUGAGCGCAGGGUGGACAUUCUCAUAAGUAAUGCUGGGAUGGGUCUGAUUGGACCCAUCGAGUGUCAGUCAAUUGAUGAGAUGAAGAAUGUCAUGGAUACCAACUUCUUUGGGCUGGUGCGGUUGCUGAAGGAAAUCCUACCUGACAUGAAGAGGAGGAAAACUGGCCAUAUUGUGGUCAUUAGCAGUGUCAUGGGUAUUCAGGGAAUUUUAUUCAAUGACGUCUAUGCAGCUUCCAAGUUUGCAGUGGAAGGCUUUUGUGAAAGCUUAGCAGUACAAGCCCUGCGAUUUAAACUCAAUAUCAGCCUGAUAGAGCCAGGUCCAGUGAUAACAGAGUUUGAGCGUAAGGUCUAUGAGGAGGGCUUGAAGACUGACCUCAGCAAAGCUGACAAAGUGACUGCUGACAUGUUCAUAAACAUCUACUUGAAGAACUACAAACAAAUCUUUGAAACCCUGGGGCAGACUGCAGAGGAUGUAGCCGAGCACACUCUCAAGAUCAUCACAAUGGAGAUUCCACCUUUCCGUCAUCAGACAAACACUCUUUACACCCCUAUGACCACACUCAAAUAUGCUGACCCCAAUGGCGACCUUCCAAUUGACACAUUUUACAAAAUGGUGUUUGAACACGACAAGGUCUUCAAUGCCAGUCUGAACUUCCUCAAACUUCUGCGCUGGAGAAGUCGAAAAAGCUUUACCUUGGAAAAGGACAAGAGCAACUAA